CAUUAUUUCACACCCUUAAAUUGUGUUGCGCAAAAAAAGCGCACAUUGCAGGAACGCGCGAUUGUCAAUGGUCCGAGGAACGUUGAUUUUCUAGAUUAUGGCUGAUCUUCCGCCUACCCAAGACAUUGACGAGACUCAUGACUGCGCAUCGCAAUCAACUGAUUCUUCAAAAGCAUGGGGGCGAUUGCUUCCUUUGGAUAAGAGAUUUCCUUCUCUUGAAUUAAGUAAUGACUUUUAUACAUUUGGUCGUGGUGACGAUUGUUCUUUUAAAUUCGUCCCUGAUAUGUUUGACGGAGCUGCUCAGUUUACCACCAUUAGUAAACUGCAUUUUAAGAUAGUAUUGGAUACUCUGGGCGACAGUCCAUUAGUUUUCAUACAUGAUCUUAGCAGCAAUGGAACUUUUGUUAAUGGCUGCAAAAUAGGACGUAAUAAAAAGCGACCACUGAAUAACAAUGAUGAAAUUUCAGUGUCACUGAAAAAUUUGAAAUGUUAUAUAUUUUCUGAUUUCAGUUGUGCUUGUAUUUCAUACCCUUCGGAAGUGACGGACAAAUAUACUGUCUCCAAACAUCUUGGACGAGGUGCUUUUGGGGAAGUUAGGCUAGCAUUUGAUAAAGAGUACUGUGAAAAAUACGCAAUAAAAAUAGUUCAGAAGAAGAACUUUUCCAUCCUGUCAAAAUUUGGCAAGCCUUUUACCGGUUCUGUCGCCGCUGAAGUGGAUAUAUUGAUGCGUCUAGACCAUCCCUUCAUCAUUCAAAUUUACGAUGUGAUGGAUACACCAGAAGCUCUGUAUAUGGUUCUUGAACUUGUCGAGGGCGGUGAACUUUUUGAUCGCAUUGUUUCACUUGGCCAACUAAAUGAAUUGGACUCAAAGUUUUUCUUUCUCCAAAUGGCUAUGGCUGUUGAGUAUCUGCACAAUCAUGGAAUUACACAUCGCGAUUUAAAGCCUGAAAACAUCCUCCUCACAAGUAAGGCUGAUCGAUGUCUUAUAAAAGUGACUGACUUCGGUGUAUCUAAGCUUGUUGAUGAAGGAACGAUGCUGCGAACAUUCUGUGGUACUCCAGACUAUUUAGCUCCUGAGGUUCUUAAAACUGCUGGUUGUGGGACCUACACAUGUGUUAUUGACGUGUGGUCCCUUGGAGUGAUUUUAUAUAUCUGUCUUGCAGGAUAUCCUCCUUUCACUAAACAACGUGAAGACUAUGAUUUGGAAACUCAGAUUGUUAAAGGCCUAUAUGAUUUUCCACAAAAUUUUUGGCAUGGUAUAAGUCAAGAGGCUAUCAAUCUUAUUAAGCGUAUGCUUGUUGUUGAUCCGUUGGAGAGAAGUUCAAUUCACGAUGUUUUGAAAGAUCCUUGGUUGAAUAAUUCUGAAAUUCAGAAAGAAGUUCAAGAAUUAAUUAAUUGUGCAAACCGUAUAUCUUCCCGUCAUCAUCAACAACAUCCUCAAGCUCAGGUUGUAAAGCCAAUAUGUCCGUCUUUACCGGAUACUGUCCCAUCAGCUUGUCAUUCUCCUGAGGCUACUAAUUCAUGUGACACUUCGAAUAAUCUUACAGAUUUACAAAAUUCGCAUGAUUCUGUCCAUCGUCAGGUUAUACAAGAAAACACAGACAAUGUAACUGUGAAUGAUUUCAAAGAAAACGCAGAAGCCAUAUUGACUGACAAAAGUGUUUUUAGAAAAAAGCGACCGGCUUUGUCUUCGCCUAUUCCAGUGACAAAAUCUCCAAGGGUGUUCACUCCCAUUGAUGAAGAAUAUAAUAACGACAGAGAAAUAAAAUAGAAUACUGACUUUGUUUUUUUAUAGUAUGAAUUGAUAAUUCUGCCAGCUUGAUUCACCUAUUUUUAUAUUUUCUAAUUUUUAUUUAGGAUAUUUAUUAUCUGCUACUGUAACUAAUCCAUUCUAUUCAUCUUUGUACCUAUCCAUAUAUACUCUGUUUUGAAUUCUAGACAAUAUUACUUCAGUGCAUUUUAUUUUGUAAAGCCUCAUCUCUGAUACAUAUUUUCUUCUAUAUAUUCACAGACUUUUAUCCAUACUGUUAAUUCACUUGAAAUAAAAAAAGGCAUUUUUAU